CCCACAGCAUCCUUGAACCAUGAUUCCUGCUUGUAUUUUGUCUCUCAUUGUCAUCUUCCAACGUUCAACAGCAUUAGUCGGCGCUUUAGAGAGAUUGGGCAGGGAUACAUGUCAACAUAGCGGGCUGUGGCUUUCUUUCUACGGAGUUCGUUUUGCAUCAAACAAAAAAAAAUUACCGGAUGCUUUUCAGAGUUGUUCGGGUAUUGAUUCAGAUGUUUAAUUCUUUUUUUUACUAUGGCGUUGGCGUCAUUUCAUUUUUUUUUUUUCCUUCCAAGGUUGGGGGCGGUUAUCUGGCCUUUAUUGGCGGACGGUCAAGGGCUUGCAGGUUUCCCACUCAUAGCACAAGAUUUCACGGCUUUUCUCACUCACGGCCAAGGGGGACGCGAGAAUUCUUCUCAUUACACACACAUUUCCGUCUUUAUUUUGAGACUGGGGAUCCUAUUUUUCUCUACCCUUCUUUCAUUGCCUGGGUAGGCCUGCCUUUUACCCUAUCGGUUUUGCGCUAUGAGCAACGGCGCCACAAUCCCUUGAUUGUAACAUCUCCACUCUCCUUUGGUACGCGUACACUGGUAUCUUGCUCUGUACCGGGAGAUCUGCGAAUUCUCCAUUACUAGUUCUGGUUCCUGAUUCUUACGGAUAUUUGUUGCUUCCU